UGUUGGGCAUGCGCAACGCUUGUCCUCCCAAGCCUGUUGGUCUUUUCCCGCCCUUCCCUGGCCUUUGCAGGAGGGACAGAGUACGCACUCCGCUAGGGAUACCUGCUUGAUUCCGAGGAGUGCGGGAACUAAUAGGUCACAGAAGUCCUUUUGGUCUUAAAUUUUCAAGGGGUAAAGGACAUACUCUGGGACUGUUAACUAGGCCGAAGGCCCGGAGGCGGGAAGAGGUUGUGUGGGUGGGGUCAAGGGUGAGAGGUCAGAAGGCAACGAAGGGGGCGGAGCGAGUGGAGGCGGAUGGCGGCUCAUCUUACUUGGCGGCGGAGGAGCUGAAGCUGGGACGCGGGUCGGGCGCGUCCAACGAAAGAAGGAGAGCAGCGGCUGCCCCAACAUGCACAGCCUGGCGACAGCAGCGCCUGUGCCUACUGCACUGGCUCAAGUAGAUAGGGAAAAGAUCUAUCAGUGGAUCAACGAGCUGUCCAGUCCUGAGACAAGGGAAAAUGCUUUGCUAGAGCUAAGUAAGAAGCGAGAAUCUGUUCCUGACCUUGCACCCAUGCUGUGGCAUUCAUUUGGUACUAUUGCAGCACUUUUACAGGAAAUUGUAAAUAUUUAUCCAUCUAUUAACCCACCCACGUUGACAGCACACCAAUCUAACAGAGUUUGCAAUGCUCUGGCAUUACUGCAGUGUGUGGCAUCACACCCAGAAACCAGGUCAGCUUUUCUUGCAGCACACAUCCCACUUUUUUUGUACCCCUUUUUGCACACUGUCAGCAAAACACGUCCCUUUGAGUAUCUUCGGCUUACUAGCCUUGGAGUUAUUGGGGCCUUGGUGAAAACAGAUGAGCAAGAAGUAAUCAACUUUUUAUUGACAACAGAAAUUAUCCCUUUGUGUUUGCGCAUUAUGGAAUCUGGAAGUGAACUUUCUAAAACAGUUGCCACAUUCAUCCUCCAGAAGAUCCUCUUAGAUGACACUGGUUUGGCUUAUAUAUGUCAGACAUAUGAACGUUUCUCCCAUGUUGCCAUGAUCUUGGGUAAAAUGGUCCUGCAGCUAUCCAAAGAGCCUUCUGCCCGUCUUUUGAAGCAUGUAGUAAGAUGUUACCUUCGACUCUCAGAUAAUCCCAGGGCACGUGAAGCACUCAGGCAGUGCCUCCCUGACCAGCUGAAGGACACAACUUUUGCCCAGGUGCUAAAAGAUGACACCACCACGAAACGCUGGCUUGCACAACUGGUGAAGAACCUGCAAGAGGGACAGGUCACCGAUCCCCGGGGUAUCCCCCUGCCCCCUCAGUGAUCCUCCCUUGUCCCCUCCCACCAUUCCCCUAAGUUGGGGAAGGGAAGGGGAACCUACGAGGAAAACAGCUCAGGUUUUAUCACCGACUGGGAAUAGAGAACCUCAAUGCUGAACUGCACUGGAGAAAAGGGGCAGUGUACUCCCGCUUAGGUGUAUGGGCUGCCAUCUCAGGCUGCCUUGAGGACCUGGGCUCUCUGCUACUCCCGGGAAAUGGGCUCCUAACACAGCAGUCUGCCACCACAGCCCCAGGAAGAUGUCAACACCAGCAAAUGCUGUAUUUGCAGCAUGCCCAAGAUGACCCUGCUCUUCCACCUCUACCUAGCUACUGGCAGGGAGGGGAGACAGUGGUGAAAGCAGCACUCUAGGCAUGAUGAACGCCUGGGACCAAGCCAUGUGGCGUUUUUUACUUGCCUUCCUGGAAGACUCAAGAUGUGUCUCUUAAUUCUCUCUCUCUCGGUAUUUGUUUACUUUGGAUUUUUUUUUUUAAUCUCAGAGAGAGGUGUGUUUAAUGGACAAAAGCUGUAAUUUUCAGCAAAACUUUGUCAAUUGGCACUGUUUACAAGUCUGUUAGCUGCAUAAGCUUAAUAAAAAGUUGGUCUGGGCAUUACAUCCCCUCUGAUGCAGGCCGAUAGCUGCAUCAAGCUGUUGGGAGAAAUGGGAGGCAGGGGUAAGAUGUAAAGCCAAAGGACAGCAGGAACCCAACGCCUGAAUACCUUCCUUCUCCCAUUCUUUUACUCUCAUUCCUGAAUGCCACAAGGACCUUAACCUUGUUUUUGGCUUUAGCUGCUAGCUUUUCCAAAUCUUAAUGCUUUUUCUUUUUCCACUUCCCUCCUAUUAAACUUAAAACAGACGUCUUAAUUCAUCUGGCUAUCCUGAAAGGGUAUAGUAUUGGGGCAGAAAACGGGUUGUGGUCUUCAAAGAUAUACUCAGAUGACUUUUAAAAGGGAGGUGCCUGGGAUUAAGGUGAUUAGCCACCUGAUCCCAUUCUUUAAGUGUGAAUUUCAACAGCUUCAUCUGUCUUCAUGAUUGUACUUGAAGCAGUAUUGAUUGAGUUUAUUUUAUUCAGAUUUAAGAUGGAGGGCUAGACUCUGCUCGCAAGUUUGUUUCUUGGGGUGUUUUUUUUUUCCCCCUUUUAACACAAUUUCUUGUGGUCUGGGAAUUACAGGGUUGUCACAAAAUAUUUUUUCACUUGUUCAUAUUGUGUGGGAGAAUUGUUCUUCCUCCUUUGGAGCUUUAGAUGACUAUUCACAAUUUUCAGGCUUGAAUCUAUAUCUUAGUGUAAACUGCCUUGCUUUUCCCUUGUUAGUACCUGUUCUUUCUCUCUCAUUCCCAUCUCCAGUCAAAGAUGGGAUUGCUGAUUGAACUCUAGAGAGGGACCAAGUCUUUCUGUCCACAUCUCACGAAAUUGAAGAUGUCUUUGAAUAAGUUUGGGGAGGGUCUAUAAGGGGAAAGUUCAGAGAAACCUUUGCAGAGGCAGUUUUGCCAACCCAAGGGCUUUCAAGCCGACUUUCACAAAGGGAGCCGGUCUUAUUAGUUGGCUUCUGUCUCUUUUAGAGCCAGGAAAGUAGUAAUUAAGUAGCCUGGAUGUAGGAAGGGUAGAAUAAGCACUUAUUCCCCUCCCUACCAAAAGGAAGAGAACCUGGACACCUCAGUAGUCUCAAGCCUGAAGAGGAGAGGUCUUGGAGAAAGCAGAGGACAGCAUGGAAUCGAUAGAUGUCUUGACUCCCUUCAGCCACAGCCUGCAAUCUGAAGAAUCCUACUAGGGUAACCCUGAUUUUGACAACCGCCUUCCUGCUGAGCCAAAGUUUUCUCAUUCCCCCUCCACUGGGGAAGCAGUUGAGGUCCAGGGCCUUGCUCCCUGGGAAAUUCUCUGUCCAUCUUUCGGUGCAUUGGCCAUGUUACUGUGCCAAUAGUGUCUUAAUUCUUAUCCCAUCUAUUCUCAGCUGGCCUUGGAACCCACAUAGGAGUUAAUGGGGGGGGGGUGGUGGGAUGGGUAUUCUUCCUGUGGUUGGUCCUAAUGUUACAUGUAUUAUAUAAAGAGACCCUCUCCCCUUAUUUUGUGUUUUCCAUCCCUCUCACUACCCCCCCAACAGGAUUGAAAUAAAACGUGCUUCUGUUUUUAUAAAAAUAUUUU